AUAAUAACUCUCAACCACUUAUAUAUUCUCAACUUCACCUCCCAUUUUUUCUCUUCAAACAACCGUUCUAGUUAUCAGAACGUCGUAUAAUUUAAUCAAAUUCCCAGAUUCCAGAAAACUCAUUCAGUCACGUAUUAGAAAAUGGGCGAGAAAGAGGGAGAAAAGGGUGGAGAUAACAAGGUUGCGCCGGCACCACCGCCGGCGGAGAAGAAAGGCGACGUUUCGGUCACCGGCGUUUACAAGAUCGACUUGCAUUGCGAAGGAUGCGCCAAGAAAGUCAAAAAAACCGUUCGUCAUUUCGAUGGUGUGGAAGAGGUGAAGACAGAUUGUGGGGCCAACAAAGUGACGGUAAAAGGGACCAACGUGGACUUCACGGCAAUCAAAGAUAGAUUGGAAGAGAAAAUCAAGAGGAAAGUUGAGCUGGUUUCUCCUCAGCCCAAAAAAGACGGCGGGGGCGGCGGCGAUAAGAAGCCGGAAGAGAAGAAGGUUGAAAAGAAAGAAGAGCCUAAGAAACCCAAAGAGUCCACGGUGGUUUACAAAAUCAAACUACAUUGUGACGGUUGCAUCAGUAAAAUAAAGAGGAUUAUUCGGAAAUAUGACGGAGUUGAGUCGGUGGAGGUUGACAAAACGAAGGAGCAAGUAACGGUGAAGGGAACCAUGGAUGUGAACUCACUCACUCCUUACCUCAAAGAAAAGCUGAAACGCAGCGUGGACGUGGUUCCGCCACCCAAGAAAGACGACGGUGGUGGCGGCGGAGACAAAAAGCCAAAGGAAGGCGGCGGUGGCGGCGGAGACAAAAAGCCAAAGGAAGGCGGCGGUGACAAGAAAGAAAAGGAAGCCGCCCCAGCCGCACCAGCCGCCGGAGGCGGCGGAGAGAAGAAAGAGAAAGAGAAAGAAGGCGGCGGCGGCGGUGGUGAGAAGAAAGAGGAAGGUGGUGAGGCGCCGAAGGUGGAGGUGAGUAAGAUGAUGUACGGUGGGUAUCCGUUCCAUUCACAGCCUAUGUUUUGGGAUGGACACGUGGACGGUCAGCAUUACCCGGUGGAAGUUCAUCAAGGGUACGUGAAUCAAAACGCUCCUAGCACUUCUUACGGGUACGUGAACCAAGGGUAUGUGAAUCCGGGUUACGAAAUGUUCCCCCACGCGCACCCCAUGCACGCGCCUCAGAUGUUCAGCGACGAAAAUCCCAACGCUUGUUCCAUCAUGUGAAAAAUCAACGGUUCAAAACGAAGGAUCAAGAUCAAGAUCAUGAAUUCAUGAUGUACUUGUUAUUCCAAAACGUGUAAAUAAAGUUGGAGGAAAACAAAUAUAUGUAGAGAGGGAGAAAAGGACCAAAAAGGACAUGGUAAAUAUUGAGAUUUACAGAUGCGGACAAAUUAAUAGAAUUUUGGAGGGGUCUUUUGAAUCUUUUUCUUAUUUUUUAGGUUAAUUGUAAUCGGCUCUUGUUUGGCCGAUUCAAGUUGUUGUUGGGGUUCGGUUGUCGGUUGUUAAAUUUUUGUAAUUAUGUAAUAUUGUACUAUUAUUAUUUUGAAAAAUUUUACAUAA